GUAAUGGCUGAUGUUAGAUUGGAGGUUGGUAGGGAAUAUUUUUGAAACUGUGUUUUGAGUGUAUUUAAAAUGGAUCCUCAAGUUUUAUGAUGCGAACUAGUACCAUUAAGAACAGAAGUGCCGUAUUAAAUAAUAAUCAAUCAUGUCUCCUUACCAUAAUUUUGAAUUUUGUGUGUUUAAUAUAGGACGUAUGGGACUAUGGAUAGUCGGAGAUCCAAAUCAGACUUCCUGCAUGAAUAGUACCGUUUUUAGCAAGAAAUGUUUUGUUGCGUUGAAUAGCGUGUCUAGGUAAUGGUGACAGAAUGGCAUCAAGUUACCGGUCAGUGCUCCUGCUUGGAUUAUUUCUUGGGCUUGCUUGUUCACUGUCUCUUACGAAGCUCCUUUUCUUCGUUUUCGCUGAAAUUAGCCCGGGGCGUGGAGACAAAACAGAAGCCGAUGUCUGGCUUCAGGAGAAUGACCUACAGCAGUACCAGACCUACUUCAGAGAACGAGGUAUCUCGAGCCUGGUGAACUGUGCACAGUUUGAGGAUCUUCCAGAGCUCCCUGCACAUGAUGAAGAACGCCUCCAGAGAGCAGCACUUCUUCUUCAGCAGCGUCUCAUCCUCCGGCAGUGGCUGAUCGAUCAUGGACUGCAGCAUCACUACCAGAGGUUGAUCCAGUUGGAAGUGGCCUCACUGGAUGAUGUGUACUGGCUGGAAGACUCAAGAGCACGCACACUGCUUGGCAAAGACUUUGUAACAUGGUCUGCUGCACGCCAGGCUCUGCCUACAUCCAAAGAUGACUUGGCCCAGUUAAAAGGAGAGCUGUGGAGUGCUGUGGUCAAGUCGACGCAGCACGAGGACGUAUGGACAUGGGGACAUGUGCUUGUUGUGUCUGUCAGCGUGGCUGGGCUCGUAACCCUAGCUGCCAUGACUCAGCCUGCACUAGCCCCCGAGGCAAAGCACACAUUGCUGCAGUAUGUGACAGGGAAGUAUCUGCUGCCUGGAAACUGCAAGGUCAACUUCGAAUGGGAGGAUCCGCAGACUGUGGGGGAGACCAUGACCUUCACUGUCAAGUUCUACCAACGUAACGGACAGCCAUAUCCAAUCUGUGACACAGACAACCUUUUUGUGGAAGUGACAGAAGGUGCACGUAGAGUUGCUACCUUGUCUGAGCUUGGAGGCACUGAUCCCAGUGCUGCCAAUGUUGCAGUUGUGAAGUUUACUGUUCGACAUGCGGGGCAGUACAAGAUAUCUGUGAUUAUCGGCAGCUGCCACAUUCACGGGAGUCCCUUUGUUAAGACGUUCCUUCCAGGGCCCCCCGACCCGAACAAGUCUGUAUUUGUGCGUCACAGCUCAACAGUGGUUUGCACUGCAGGAAUCCCUCACUCACUUGCUAUUGAGCCACGAGAUGAGUUCAAUAAUCUGUGCUUGUUCCACUCUGAUGAAAAUCCAACGGAGGGUUACAAUGUGGCCAUCACUCAGAUUGGCAGCCCUGAACCUGUGCUAUGCUCAGUGACUCUUGAUUAUGAGGAGACCAGCCAUCACAUCAAUCUUCAAGUGCAGUUCCCCUCAGAAGGCUGUUUUCAUGCUGCUGUCUCCUACAGGGGCAUUGAGCUACAUAAUGGAGACUUUGAUAUCGUUGUACUGAGUGCAAGUGAUGCUGCACUGGUGCAGAAAAAUGUUGCCUCGAAGAACCACAACAUCUGCUAUGAAGCAAGGCUGGUGGGCAUGCAAGGUGAACGACUUUCCAAGCCCAAAAAAGUGUUUUGUUAUGUCUCACCAAAACAGCUGACUGUCAAAGAGUUCCUGCUCAAGUUCAUACCAAAGAGACUUGUCACAUUCCGGUUGUGCCCUUCUACAAAGUUCCAUUUCCAGAGCAGCAGCAAUAACAACCAACACAAUCACCCCUCAUUCAUUGUGGACGAUGGCUGUCAGCCUAAAGUGGAGCUUAUAGCUAAGGACAGGAAUGUCAUUGCAGCUACCUUCAUUCACUUCUUGCUCAAAAACAUAGGUGGAUCAGAGACUUUCAAGGACAAGCAAGAUUUCUUCUACCAUGAGGUACGAAAGUAUCACCAGAAACACUAUCACGAAAAAUUGCAGAUGAAGGUGAACAGGGAGAAACUGCUUGAAUCUUCUAUGAAAGCAACAAAAGGCUUCUCAGUCAGUGACUGGUGUCGGAAUUUUGAAAUCACAUUCCAAGGAGAGCAAGGUUUGGACUGGGGAGGAGUGCGCAGGGAAUGGUUUGAGUUGACAUGUGCGGCAUUGUUUGAUGCUCGGAACAGCUUGUUCACGAGUUUCUCGGACAACAAGCAAGCUCUGGUGCACCCAAAUCCACAGCGACCAGCCCACCUGAAGCUGAAGCAUUAUGAGUUUGCAGGAAAACUGGUCGGAAAGUGUCUGUAUGAGUCAGCACUUGGAGGCUCAUACCGUCAGCUGGUUCGUGCUAGGUUCACACGCUCAUUCCUAGCACAGAUCAUUGGUCUUCGAGUUCAUUACAAGUAUUUUGAACAGGAUGAUCCAGAUCUCUACCUGAGCAAGGUGAAGUACAUCUUGGAGCAUGAUGUGGAAGAGAUGGAACUGUACUUUGUGGAGGAAGAAUAUGACAAGUUUGGUCAAGUCAUAAAGGUUGUAGAGUUGGUGCAAGGAGGAGCUAAGGUGCGAGUCCAGAAUAGUACCAAACAUCAGUAUCUGGAUGCAUUGGCUCAGUACAGGCUUGCCAACAGCUUCAAGGAUGAAGUGGAGCACUUUCUCAAAGGACUCAAUGAACUCAUACCAGAUAACUUGCUCAGCAUAUUUGAUGAGAAUGAACUAGAGCUGUUGCUGUGCGGGACAGGCGAGUACAGUGUGGCUGACUUCAGGGCCCAUCAUGUGGUGAAUGGAAGUUCCUCAGAGUUCCGGCGCAUUCUGGACUGGUUCUGGACUGCGGUGGCAAACUUCACGCAGGAAGAGAUGGCUCGUCUGCUGCAGUUCACAACAGGCUGUUCACAGCUCCCACCAGGUGGCUUUGCAGAGCUCAGUCCACGCUUUCAAAUCACAGCUGCACCCACAUUUGGCAACCUGCCCACUGCUCACACUUGUUUCAACCAGCUGUGUCUGCCUGACUAUGACAGCUAUGAACAUUUUGAACGGGCAUUACUUCUUGCAAUCAGUGAAGGGACCGAAGGCUUUGGAAUGAUAUGAGAUUCAUAUAGCUCAGUAUAUAGUGUAAGUACAUUCAGAGGUAGGAGCUAGUUGCAGAGUUUCUUGAAAAUAUGGACACAUUAUUACCACUUGUCCUCUUUAUCUUUAUGCACACCAGAAUGUACAGCUGGCUGUACUUACGGCCUUCGUAAGUGCACAAUGCAAUGAACAUAGCAAUUUAUAUUACAUACUUGUAUCUUCUCACAUGUGGGAUGAAUUUCAUUAAAGGAAUAUUGCCCUGAACUGCAAUUAUAGAGGGCUGUUGUAACCUGGCCAUCCUCACCAUUGUGUGCACCCCAUGUUUGUUUAUUUGUUCCAUGCCAUGUGGCUGUCAAGAGAAACAUGAUGAUUAAUGGACCACACUUUCCCUAAAUUCAAUGUUAUUUGUCUAGGUUACACUGAAACCAUUAAAUGUUUGUCAUUAUUGUAUUUCAGUUUUAUGUGUAAUUUAGAAUGUGGUGCAACAGUGCAUUAUUUUGUCAAUGUGUGACACAUAACUUGAUACUUCAUAUUUCUACAGUAACAUGAAUGAAACUCUGGAGUUAAUUUAAUCUCAGUUGUAUCCUGAACAGUCAUAUGUAUCAGGUUCAAACUACGAGGGGCAGUCAAAAGUUCCCGGAAUGGUGGUAUAGCACUCUAAUGGUAGGACAUACAACAGCACUUACCUAAUCACCU